CCAAGCGUCGAGGAACGAAGGGAGAGGUAGAAGGAAAGAGAUGACUGUCCUUUGUGGUCUGGUAUCAUGGUUCUGGAUGUUGUCAUCAUUUGCCAUCCUUUUCUGUCUCGUUCGCCAAAAAACCAGCAAGCUCCCACCGGGUCCGGUGGGUUUGCCGGUGUCGGCUCCCUGUUCCAGCUUGGCAAUAUGCCCAACGAGUCUUUGGCUAGGCUCUCCAAGCGGUACAGACCCCUCAUGAGGCUUCGCGUCGGGCUAACGACCAUGGUGGCGGUGUCCUCGGCAGAGAUGGCGGAAGAGGUGCUGCAGAAACAUGAUGACGACUUCGCCGGUCGGACCAUCAUGGACGCCGGUUGGAUUUGACUAAGCGAUAAUCAUUGAUCAGUGUCUGUCUUCUCUGGGAGCCGUCUGGAAUGGUGUGACAUUAAAUGACGUACUUGCAUGCCCGGGGAGCCUUUUAUAAAGCGAUCAAGGCAGUGGAGAAUGAAGGGAGAGGAACAAAUAAUAGCAGCUAGCAGAAAUAAAUGGCUGCCCUUUGUGAUUUGGUACCUUGUGUCUGCAUCUUGCUAUCCUUUGUCAUCUUCUACCAUCUCAUUUCUUGGAAAACCAGCAAGCUACCACCAGGCCCCGUGGGUUUGCCGGUGGUCGGUUCUCUGUUCCAGCUUGGCAAUAUGCCCAAUGAGUCUUUGGCUAAGCUCUCCAAGCGGUAUGGAUCCCUAAUGAGCCUUCGCCUUGGGCUGACGACCACUGUGGUGGUGUCCUCGGCGGAGAUGGCGGAGGAGGUUCUGCUGAAGCACGACCAGGACUUUGCCGGCCGGACCAUCAUGGAUGCAGUCAACGUGUGCGACUACCCCGAUUCGUCCAUCAUAAUGAACCAGAAUUGCCCGAGAUGGCGGGAAAUAAGACGCGUCUGCAAUAACUAGUUGUUCGCGCCUAAGAAGCUGGAGGCCAUGAGGGGGCUCCGGGAGGAGAAGGUGCGAGUGCUCCUCAAACACAUCCACAUGGCUUCGUUGGCCGGACGUCCGGUCAACAUCAGUCAGUGCGUCUUCAAAAUGGCUCUCAAUUUGUUGUCCAGUACAGUGUUCUCAGAGGACGUGGUGGACUUGGAAUCGGAGUCGACGGGAGAGUUCCAGGGCGUGUUGUGGGGGUUGAUAGAGGCAGGCAGGAAGCCGAACGUUGCUGACUACUUUCCGAUGCUAAGAUUGGUGGAUCCUCAGGGCCUUAGAAGGCGAGUUCAGACUCUAUUAAAGCAAACGGAUGCUAUCCUUGACGAAUUGAUGGAGAAGCGAUCCCAGUCGCAUGGCGCUGCAACAGAAGGGUGGAAGAAAGAGAGGGAGGAUUUCUUGGACGUGCUGCUCCGACUUGUGGAGACCCCAAACUCCGGCUUCACUAGACAGAACAUCAAGCCCAUCAUCACGGACCUCUUUGUCGCUGGAACCGACACAAGCAGCAUCACAGUGGAAUGGGCCAUGACAGAACUUCUUCGCCACCCGAACAAGAUGGCUGCAGCUCAGUCCGAGAUAAAACAGACCGUCGGCAUAGAUUGUGUCGUCCAAGAGUCGGACAUCCCACGGCUCCCAUACUUGCAGGCGGUCGUGAAAGAGACCUUAAGGCUACACCCGCCUGCUCCCUUGCUCAUACCACACCGAGCAGAUGUCACUAAACGAGUUGGUGGGUUCAUCAUCCCCAAACACACCCAGGUGGUUGUCAAUGCUUGGGCUAUCGGCCGUGAUGCUUCGUACUGGGAAAACCCGACGUCUUUUACUCCCGAGAGAUUUAUCAGUUCAAACAUUGAUUUUAAAGGAAAGAACUUCCAAUUCAUCCCCUUUGGAUUCAUCCCCUUUGGAGCAGGAAGGAGAAUGUGCGUCGGCAUGGCGUUGGGGCACCGAAUGGUUCACUUGGUACUCGCUUCUUUGCUGCAAGCCUUUUCAUGGGAGCUUCCGCAGGGGAUCGAACCAGAGCGAGUUAACGUAGACGCCAAGUUCGGGAUAACACUACAUAAAGCUGUACCUCUUAUAGUGUUCCCAUCCCCUUUAAUGGAUAUGUAGAUGGUUCAGAUACCUUACGAGAAGGUUUUCUAUCUGGAUAUGGCAUAGUUUGUAUUACACACCUCAACGUUAUCAUUAGAGGACCUGCCUUUGAAUAAGAUUCCGAUAAUUCUGAUACACAAGGAGA